AAAAUUAAAUUCGUUAAUUAUGCUAAUUAGAGACCCUCUGGCACUAAUUAAAUUGAGAGUCCAUCUAUUGCAAAUCGAGCAAAAUAAAAAUGUGGAUAACAUCGCCUGUUACCACGCCGAUGGAAGAUAUUUCGUGUUGGGCUUGAAUCACCUUUUUCCUUUAUUUUCUUAUAAAUUGUUCGAUACAAAAAUCUUUAAAUAUUUGGGUAAUGUAAAAGAACAUAAUUGUAUCUUGUAACGUUAUAUAUUUGAUAUAUUUGAUACGUUAAUUUAUUCAUCGGUGAACGCUUUAAGAGAGUGCGAUUCGUAGUAGGUUAAAUUCAAAAUUAACGUCAGCGUUUCCAUAGAGAUCCACCUGGUAUGAAAUUAACCGCGCGUAUAGAUCAAACUUGUGAAAAGGAACACUCUGCUCUGUCGAACAGACGAGAGGAUUUUUUGAGAUUUACAUAUAAAAAUAGGGAAGAAUGAUACGCAAUCGUGCAUUCGCUUUGGUUCCUCCGCCCCCUUCGAGGUUCACCUUAAACGAAUGGCAUCUUAAUAAUCGUCAUAGGUACCGAUGUUCCGAGGCACAGCAAGAGCUAGCGGACCGACUUCUAGCAGAGACGAAACGCGUAUGCGAAUUAAGCACCGAGAAGGCAAAGAGCAACAAGGAUGAGACAGAUCACAGGCUCGAGGAGAAACUGGAGGACAUCGAGUUUUGCAAAAGAGAAUUACUGCGCAUAAGGAAGGAAGUACUUCUCGAGAGCGAUUCUCUAUCGGUAUACAAAGAACGCAUCAUGGAUGCUUUAUCAUCCGUGAAGAGGAAUGCCCUCGCUAUUUGUGAGAAAUGUCUAAUUUUUAGGGAACAUAGGCUGGGAAUCGAUCUGGUUCGCGACGAUGUCGACAGAGAAUUGUUGAAGGAAUGCGAGGUGAUCAAGGGUGUCGAAAAUCUGCUGGUACGCGUUCUGGAGCAAACUCAAGAACAAAUACGCCGGCUAAAAGCAACGCUCUAUUAUAUGGAUCACGACCUCGAAGAUAAGGAGAACAACCUGCGUAUAGACAGACAUAAUUUGACUUUGAAAGAGACUGGCAUGAAUUUAAGCAUUUAUCACGGCACCUCGCGGCUCGAUCCAUCAACCAUCGAGCUGAACGAGUGGGAAAUGCAAACAAACAAUAACAUCGAUGCCGCUUCGAAAGAGAUAAAUAGCGCCAGACCGAUGCGUUGUUAUAUCGACACGAUAAUAAAACAGUCGAUUGACGACUUGAACGAUCAGAAGAACGCCACCGAUAAUGCUUUUAUACGACGCAUCGAUGAAACGAAAGAAGCUAAAACGAAGUUAGAACUACAGCACUCCGAGAUAAUGCGACAAGCGAAUGAAAUGAAAGACAAUAUCACGCGCAUAGAGAAAUCAAUCGCGGAAAAAGAAUGCUAUUUAGCCCUGGCCCAUACGAGACUCGGUAAUCGUUGUCAACGACCUGGUCUGGAGCUCACGCGAGACCUGGUAGAGACCCAACUCGUAAAAGAAGUAUACGAUUUACGCAACAUCGUGUCGAAUUUGCAAACCGCUAUGUUCGAGGCACAGGCAUCGCUGCGCUACCUGUUGAAGACGCAAAUUCAAAUUGAAGAAGAUAUCAACAUUAAAGCGAAUACGUUGAAAAUCGACGAGGUCGACUGCAUGACUCUUCGUCAGAGUAUGGACUAUCAUGCGUAUUAAACAACUUAUAUACAAGUUUAUUGAAAUGUAAUAAAAAAUAAUGUGUUGGAUCUGUGUUACCUUCAAAGUUUGAAUAACGCCAUCUUGCAUUUAAUUCCCGCGACAACUAGAUGUUUGCGGAAAAGGAGAUUACG